UUGGAAAACCAAGGCAAAUCUCCCCCAUGGAGGAUUUGGUAUAAAUCAGUAAUACGGUUUAUUUAGUUUUAAAAUGGAUGCAGGCUUAUUCUUUUUUUUGAAAACACUAAAGCCUCCUGUCACCGAAGGGAUUGAUUUUUUUGUAGCCAGAUAUUUGUGGAAUAUGACACUAACCUCAACAUUAUUACAACGCUCAAGAAUCUUGUGGAGUUUUACAAAAAUAACAAACAUAGAGAAGAUCAAUAGCUUUCUUUACAAUCAUCAGAAGCAAUGUCUUAAAUUUAAUUCAACAUGGAAGCCAGUCACUUUGCCGAAAUAUAUAGAUGGUUUUAAUGACAUCCAAGAGUUGGAGAACGCUGAUGAGACGGUGAAGAAGCUAUUUAGUUUAGAUUUUGCAAGACAUACAGAGCUCCGAAAAGUUGUUAGAACUAUAAAUGCAGAAAGGUAUGAAAGUGAUCUGGAAAAAAAUAUUGCUAAUAAUACAUGUCAUAUCCGUAUGUUGGUGGAAACAUUGAAAAAAAACAAGAAAGAUAAAAAAGCUAAAGUGUUUCUUAUAUGGGCAAUAGAUCAACGAAAGAAAAGGCUCCGAAGACUGCAAAAACUUGAUAUUGAUAAGUAUAUGAACAUUAUUAAAGAGUACAACAUUCCUCCUCUUCAGAGUCCACAUGACCCAAAGAACAAAUACAAAUUUCGAAAGUUUAAAAUUAAUGUCCCACUGAAAGAAAAACGAGAUAUUGAAGACUUUGAGCAUGACCGUGUUUACUAAUAUAUCAGUUUGUCAUAAAUGUAAACAUUAUUUAUAACAAAGGUAACAAAA